GAUCGGGAGGAGGAGGUGGAAGAGAAAGAUCGGAGGAGGAGGAGGAGGUCAGUGAUGGGGAGGGGAGGAAGUCAGCGAUGGGGAGGGAAUGAGGUACGCGAUGGGGAGGGGAGGAAAAGGGAGAUUGGGAGGAGGACCUGGAGGUGGAAGAGGACGACGGGGAGGAGGAGGAAGUCAGCGAUCGGGAGGGAAGGAAGAGGAUCGGGAGGAGGAGGAGGAAGAGGACGACGGAGAGGAUGAGGGCGAAGAGGCCGAUGGGGAGGAGGAAGACGACGAAGACGAUCGGGAGGAGGAGGAGGAAGUCAGCAUUGGGGAGGGGAGGAAGAGGCAGAUCGGGAGGAGGAGGGGGAAGAGGACGGAGGAAGUCAGCAUUGGGGAGGGGAGGAAGAGGCAGAUCGGACGGAGGAGGAGGAAGAGGACGAUGGGGAGGAGGAGGACAAAGAGGACGAUGAGGAGGAGGAAGACGACAAAGAGGAUCGGGAGGAGGAGGAGGAAGUCAGCGAUGGGGACGAAGAAUUUUGAAAUGGCGGAGAAUGCCGUCGAUCCUGUGGGUACAGAAGAAGAUAAGGCCCGAACAGUGAAGGUUAUUGAAGAAUGUUACAGAACCGGAGUUCUGCCCACAGGUCUCAUCUCGGAUGACCAGAGUCGGGUGGAACGUACGGAAAAUUGCGUUCGGGUCAAAGUUGACCCGGCGGUAUUUAAGGCUCAGAAGGAAUGGCUAACUAAGCAUGCGGUGACAAUUUUCUUUGGGGAGAAGAGAGACUCCUUACCAGCAAAAUUUAAGAAGAGAAUCGUCAGGAUGUAUGAGGAUAAAUGGAUAGGCAUGCCCAUGCUGGGCCCUGAGCCCAGGCGCGGCCUCUUCCAUAACGAGGGGAUUAACUUGGUGACAUAUGUCCCAAGUACAGAUGCAGUAGCUGUGUGGCUCCAUCAGAAACAACAGGACGGUAUUGUCUUAGAUGGGGUCAAGUACACGCUGUACUUCCGGCCUUGGAUGUCGGAAGCAGAGUUGCAGGAAUGGAGAGAAACGUUACGGUAUAAGGUCUUUUGGAUUAGAAUUCUCCAGAUCCCAAUAGGUGCGAUGCCGUUAGUUUACGAUGCGGUAAAAUUGGCUUACGGUCGCAUCCUAAAAUUGGGCCCGACUUCGUCAAGGCCAGAAGAACCCGAACUGUUGAAUAUUCGGUUUGAUCUGGAGCCUUCGGCCGAAGACCUUUUCACUUCGUACAUUGCGAUAGACUUACCUGACGAUGGCGGCUCUAUUGAAUUAGAAUUAAGCGAAGAGAUUGGCAAAAAGAUCAAGGUUUUGUACCCUUACUGGAUUCCGAUGGAGCAGUUCACCAAACCGACGGUUGGUAGCAACCUCACUAAGCUCAAGAUGACUACUGGUAGGAGGCAGGGACAUCAUGAUAGGAAUGGAGAAUCGUCUUCGGACGGGGUGGGGGAUGCAAAGAGCGAUGUCCAACGAAUGACAGCCAUGUACUCAGAGACUCCCUGCAUGGAAGUGCUGAAAGUAGAACUGCUGACCGACCUGGGUGAUAUCCUUGCGGGUGGUCACCAGAGUUCUUCUCCAGCUAGCAAGCCUCCAGAAAUUUCGGAUAUCGCUCUGGCCAACGCUGGGCGAACACUAUACUUUUCUGAAAUUGCCACUACAUCUAGGCGGUGGCUGAGCGUAGUUCAUGAUUUCGUUUCUUGCAUGGCGAGGACCGCGAAACAAUCAUCAUUCUCUGGAGGCUACUCCGUCUCGCAUGUCGCUGGGCCAUGGCAUGACUGGUCGUGGGACGGAAAGCAUGACCUUACGAGGGUGACUGGUCUGUUGGUGUUAGAUAACAGCACGCUAAUUGUUACUGAUUACGACAAUAAUCUUCUUCGCAAGGUGAAUGUCAAUACAGGGGAAGAGGAAACAUUCAUCCAGUUCAUCCAGUUAAAAGGUCCUCCUCUUCGACUGGCCAAGCAUCCAACCCAACCUCGGCUCUUCAUAUCUACUCCUGCGGGAAUUAGCAUGGUCUUUCUGGAUUGGCCAAUGCCAUCGACGGAUCGGGUAGUAGCAGAUCUGACUUUCGGCAUACCGGAUGAUUGCAGACACAGAGACUUUAUGGUUAUGGGAGAUUUAGGAGUUGGAUUUAGAAGUCCACAGAUUUUGGCUAGAGCCAUUUCUGCUGAUGGAAACAGCUUGUAUUUUGCAGAUCCCGUGUACCAUGUAGUUCGCAGAGCGAAUACUGUGACAGGGGUGACAACCACCAUAGCCAGCACCUCAAGUCCCAAUGGAAAGGUUGUUGACGGUUCACCCUCACGGGCACGAUUCAACAGUCCUACGUCUGUUGCUCUCACAUCAGACAGUUGCAAUCUUUUUGUCGUUGAGCUAGGAGGUCGAACAAUCCGAUGGCUGAGAUUCGACGAGCCGGAUGGGGAUGUUGUUGAGGUGCAGAUGAUUGCCACACUAAACCACAACAGCACAAUUACCGCACCAUUUGAGAGUGUCAUUCUUUCAGAUGAUGACAAGUACUUGUAUGCAGGCACCGACUAUGGGCAGAUCUUCAAGCUGGAGCCGAACCCUGCAUCCCUCCAUAAUUGCAGCCGUCAUCCACACUCGGGAGAUUUCUCUUGGUCUUCGGACCCACUCAGCUUCUUCAAGUUGUCCUGCUAGUCUGUGGUUCGAAUCCCUUACUUCUCUGGUGCCUACGAUGACCUACCUGCAAGUGGCUAUCCUACAGGUCACAGGUUCAAGUCCUACGACUACACAGGUAUUGUACACAGUGUUCUCAGACAUGGCCCCGAUAUCUCAAAAGAAGAGGUCGAGGGAGGAGGAGAUGGUGGGAUAUCAUGCAUCCUACUAGUGAGAGGACUAGCUGGUAGGAUGGGAAUAGGGUACAGCAGCAGCGGAGAUGGUGGUUCUGUUGCAAGCUCAAAGGCCGACAAGUUUGGAGGGAUCAUCGACAAAAUGCGGCAAGUGAGCACUUCCGACAUAACGAGAGGGGUAGUCAACAUGCACGUCGGAGGCGAUGAUAUCUUUGUGGAUUGCGAUGGUGGGGGGGGUGAAGAAUGCAGGGCGGAAGAGGGCAACCGCGGCGACGGCGAAGACGAUGAAGAUGAUAUGGAGAUUCGUCCAGUGAGAAGGAAGAGAGGAGGAUGUUGGGGCGGACAGAAGGAGGCGGAACUGCAGGCAGGGCGACAAGGCAAGAAGGUUGUACAAGACAAAUGCUGCGGGCGACAGGGCGGAAAGCAGGGAUUUGUGGACCGUCGACCAUAUCAUUGCUCAGAUUGCUCUCGUUCGAGUGAAAAGAGACCAGGAUUUGCGUCUCGCUGGCUUGGGCCACAACUACGGACGCAUGAAGAUGAAGAAUUGGAAGUGGAAUGUUGUAGAGAAGAGGCUGAAGCAGAUGGGGGUGAUGAGCAGGAAGGCUGUGGACUGCUCAAAAAAAUGGGACAACCUUUUCCAGCAGUUCAAGACCGUGUACAAGUUCAUGGGCGAAUAUGGCAAGGAGGAUUUUUUCGCACUGACGCCGUAGGAGAGGAAGGAGAAAGGUUUCGAGUUCCGAAUGGGUCGCCGAUGUUCCAGCCUCCAGGAAUCCAGGUGUCAAUGGCCCUUCGAAUCAACGCGUCACCUCUGGUGGGACUGCCCAGCCUCCAAGCGUAUCUGGAAGUGGUGGCAGCCUGGCAGGAACACUGGGAGAGCUUUGGAGACCAGAAAGUGAAUUGGGACGAACACUGGGCUUUGCUAGGCUUCCUUCCGGAGUGGUUGCACGUGGGGAGUGGUUGGGGAUAUGUCGCCCAUGUCACUCUUGGACUGGUCUGUGAUAUUAUCUGGAAAGACAGAAACAGGUCCACAUUCCAGAAAAGGCCAUUGUCCGAUGUGGAAAUCAAGAACCUUAUCAAGCAGGGGCUUAAGGAAGCCAUGAGAGUGGAUUGGAGGAGGAACUUGAAGGCGAGGUCAGGUAAAGGCAGCAGAAGACAGCUCCGCUGGUUCCUGAGAGUGGAUUGGAGGAGGAAGGCGAGGUCAGGAUCGUCCAAGGAGGAGGAGGAGGAGGUGGAGGACAACGACGAGGAGGAGGGGGGAGGAGGAGGAGGAGGAGGAGUGAGGAGGGGAAUUGGGGGAGGGAAGGGGCAAUCAAGCAAGCGAGCAGCUGCGGCAUCAGCAGCAGCAGCAGAGGAGGAGGAGGAGGAGGAGAAGAAGAAGAAGAAGAAGAAGAAGAAGAAGAAGAAGAAGAAGAAGAAGAUGGAGGAGGAGGAGGAGGAGGAGGAGGAGGAGGAGGAAGAAAUCAACCAAGCGAGCCGAAGAAGAAGAAGAGGAAGAAUAUCACUAGUUUUUGCUGAUUAUGACCACAAUCUUCGUCGCAAGGUGAAUGUCAAAACAGGGGAGGAGGAAACAUUCAUCCAGUUCGUUAUUUUGAACCGUGCUUCUCUUCAACUGUUUCCUGCCAACCAGACCGAGCAUAGAAGCCAUCCCGAACUUGUCAACUCCAGUCUCCUCGUAUAUACGACUGCAGGGAUCAGCCACGCGAUCUAUCCGGAGGAGUCCCCGACGCCAUGGAGCCAUGAAUCAGAUGUUGUAGCAGGUGGUCUGACCACCGACAAGUUCGACAACCCCAAUGAUUGCAGAGACAGGGACUUUAAGGGAGCUUUCAUACGUCAGUGGGGAGGACAUCAUGCUUCGGCUAGUUCAAUUUCUGCUGAUGGAGCCUUUAUGUAUAUUGCAGAUCACGCGUUCAAUGUCGUUCGCAGAGUGAAUGUUGUGACCGGGGUGAGAACAGCCAUAGAUGGUAGUACUAGUCCCCAACGGGCACGACUCAACGAUCCUAUUUCUGUUGCUCUCACAUCGGACAGUUGCAAUCUUUUUGUCGUUGAGGGAGAAGGGGGAGCAAUCCGAUGGUUGGCAUUCGAUCAGCCCAAUGGGGAUGUCGUGGAUGUGCAGACGAUUGCCACACUGAAACACAACAGCACACUUACAGCACCAUUCGAGAGUGUCAGUCUUUCGGACGAUGACAAGUACUUGUAUGCGGGCACUGUCCACGGGCAGAUCUUCAAGCUGGAGCUGAAUCCUGCAUCCCUACGUAAAUCAGUUCGCGAGCUGGCGUGCUCGUGCGAGGAGGGAGUAAGAGAGGACUUGUGGCAAGAGUUGAAGGAGGCAAGAGCAUGCAAGUUGGUGUUGGUGCGGAAGAGUGCAAGCAUGCCAACAGUUGUAGUAGUGGCCGUUCUCGAGGGCGCCUUCUUUAUCCUAGAGGAGGAUAGGGGUGAGCAUGCCAUGAAUGUAUAUCGUAGCUUGCCGUACUGCGGGCUAGGAUUAGAGGAAAUUGAAGAGUUCGGGGCGCAACUAGCAUCGAUGCCUGGGCAUAUCAAGCAGGAGAAGCAGAAGAGGAUCGAGAAGGAGAAGCGCAAGCAAGAGAAGCUCGAGAAACAACAGCGCGCCAUCGCUGAACGAGAAGCACAAGAAAAGAAGCAGGCGCAAAAAAACGCGAAGAUUAAGGAGACCAAAGAAUUGAAGAUGCAGAUGCGGAAGGAGAUGAGGAUGGAAGCUGCACUUGUCGCGAGUGAACUGCGCGAGCAGAUAUCCGGAGGGUUUUGUGAACAACUGACGGAUGAGAUGCUCAAGGCACUCGCAACAACAACCAUCGAUCGAAAAGGGAAGAAGAAAGCAGCAUCACCCCCAUCACCAAGACCGUCAUCUACAAGUGGCAAUGAAUCGAGUGAUGCGGAGCCAUUGAACAGGCGCACUCAGAAACUGACGACUAAGGAGAAGCGAAAGAGAAGUGCGAAAAAAACGUUCAUUUGUGAGAAUAUCCGCGCACUUGCGGAUCUGGGAGCUAACGAUCUCAAAGAGAUCGAUCGGAAGGAGGAUGUAAAUUAUGAGAAGAAGACUAUUGCUGCCAUGAACAUCGCAAAGAAGCAAGCAAUAGUGGCAUAUGGAAGUGAAGAGGAGGAAGCCCGCAGUAGUGAUAACGAGAAGGAAGCAAUCGAACAGGGAAGUAACGAGGAACUGGGUUGGAUCAUGGGCGCAAACAUCAAUGUCAAACUGAAGUUUGACGAUCGAGUGAAGCUGGUGGAGGUUCAGAAGGUGGUCAAUGACAAGAUCGGGGAACAGGCGAUACCAUCAUGCAUGAUAAAGAGAGCACGUAGCAAGGUGAGGAUCGUUUGGACAAGCAAUCAAACGGUCGCCGACUUGUUACACAAUCAGCGGACGUUUACGCGUGCGGAUGUCUGUACCUGCACUUGUGCAAGUUUACCCUAUCCAAGGAUAGGAGAUCAUGUGCGAUUCAGACUGCGUGACAUGGAGGGCGUACACCUGAUGCUGUGCAAUGCGAAAAACAUACCACGGACAUCACAUCCGGAUCGAGUUAUGCUAUUAAGACGCGAGAUUGAAGAAGCUUUCAACAAGUGGCCGAAUCGUGGUACGAAGGAGUGCUUGACGACCAUAGAUGACGUCAGCAAAUGUUUGAUUGGAACGACGGAGCAACCGGAGAAGUACCUGCGCAUGGAAACAGUCAACGAGCUGAAGAGCAAACUGACUGGGUUGGUAUGCACCCCACUGGACAGGAACCCGGGUGAGACCCUCGUGAUCUGCCCAGCCCUGUACCACGAAGCGAUGCUUACCACUUUUGUAUGCAACAGCGGGUACAAGAUCAUGGAGACAAGCGAUGAGACGAUUGUCGAGAAGAUGAGUAGGGAUGCGACAGAUGCUGGGCUGAAGAAUUUUGUUAAAAUCGACAAGAAGGGAACAUUUGGUUGCGCUUACGUACAGCCGAAGCACAAGGAUCUGGACAGAUAUCGACGGAUCAGUCCAUCCUAUUGCGAGCCGACAGUCAAAACCUCGAGAGCGGCAGCUAAGGCGUUGAAUCACCUACUCUAUGCAUUACCAACAAAGUGGCAUUUUAACUUGAAGUCACUGACAGACCUAGUACCAAGAAUCGAGAAGAUUAACAAGCAGAUCCAAUGCUUUCCAAGGCGGGACUUGCAGAUAUCCACGAUGUCUUACGACAUCAAGGAUAUGUUCAGCAAGCUACCAAACAAGCACAUCAUGGAAGCUGUCGAUUGGAUAGUUGAUCACUUUCAGAGGAGAGGGAAGAAGUCAGUACGAGUGAACACUCGAGGACACGGGAACUCCUUCGGACACACCACUAGAGCUGAUCACUGGAGGAAGAUCGAGCAGGAGGACCUGAGGCAUUUUGUAAGAUUUGAUCUCCGACACACAUACAUCAAGGCUACUAGCGUGCUCUUGAGGCAGGUGGUCGGAAUUCCCGUGGGAAAAAGUACCAGCCCGCCACUUGCGUGCAUUAUGUGUGCACACGCCGAGUUCAAGUUCCUUAGUGAACAAGGAUGUCUGAGUUCAAAGAUAUUUGGUAUCCGGCUGAUUAACGACGUGAGUGUCGUAAUGCUACUAAGAAGAGAGACAGGAGGAUCAGUGAGCAGAUUUGUGCAGACUUCGAGAAAUGAUACCUGAGGAACUUAACGUUGAAACGCACGGACGAAGGCAAAAAAAUCUAGGAUUUCCUCGGAGUUGAAAUGCGGCAACAGGACGAA